AUGAACAGCGGAGACGGUCGCAGGGGGGUGGGGCCGCCCAACAGCUACUGCCCGCCCUACCGCAGCGCGUCCAUCUCGCUAGACCCAAACAAGAGCAGCACCGCAAUGGCGUACAGCAUGCCCCCAAACGAUGCGAAGAACCUCCACAUGGAUUCCAAGUCAGACGAUAUCGAAAUGUACGUAGAGAAUAUGCUUAAUGAACUGAAGGGGAAAAUGCAGAACUUGUCCAACAAUUUGCUGAGCAAGGUGGACAACAUGGAGAAGUCCCUGGAUGAGUUGGAGCACGCCAUGUUGAGUUUUUCCAGCAAGGCGGACGGGUGA